ACUAAAUUAUUUAAUUAUAAUACAUUACUAACUUUUUGGAAAAGAUAAGAAAAAUAAAAAUAAAACGGAGAACAAGCGUUGUGAGCGUGAAACGCGAUUCAAAGAUACAAAGAGAUUUGCUACUUGCUAGCAAGAAAAAGAACGAAUUUGUCACACAUGCUUCUCUUGUCUUCCUUUCCGUGUAACAUCACCAUGGUAAUGGAGGUAGUGUAAUAUAUGUAUCGCACUCGCAGAUAGUCUCCAAGUGAAGGCGCGUGUACUUUCCUCUCCCUUUCACCGUCAUUUCCCUGCCUCAACAAAUAGACACUUCUUUCAAUAAACAGAUCGACGCUUAUUCACAUGGCAACGCACCGGAAAUUCAAAUUCCGGUCACCGCCGCCACCUGCUUUUCCCGACUAAAUGCACAUAACCUGAUUGAUACCUUUGAACAUGUAAUCAAAUAAAACUAUUCAUUCCCAUUAAAGAAAUCGUCACUGCUUCUUCUUCUCACUUGUAAUGGCGAGCACCACACCCUCUGCUGACUCAGCUUCAGCAGAUGAAGUUACCGCAAAAGCCGUUAACAAGCGCUACGAAGGGCUGGUCACGGUUCGAACCAAAGCUAUAAAGGGCAAAGGGGCUUGGUAUUGGCCGCACCUGGAACCCAUGUUGCUGCACAACACCGAAACGGGGCUCCCCAAAGCGGUCAAACUCAGGUGCUCCCUAUGCGACGCCGUUUUCUCCGCUUCCAAUCCUUCACGCACUGCUUCUGAGCAUCUAAAGCGCGGAACCUGCCCCAAUUUCAAUUCCGCCGCCAAACCAAUCUCCUCCGUGUCUCCCUCCUCCGCCGUCGCCGCCAUGGCCUUGUCGCCUCCAUCCUCUCCGACCAACCACAACCACCGCAAGAGAAUUUCUUCUUCCUACGACGCGCCGUCGCAGCAACAGCAGCCGCAUUUGGUGUUAUCCGGUGGAAAGGACGAUUUGGGAGCUUUGGCUAUGUUGGAAGACAGUGUGAAGAAAUUAAAGAGUCCGAAAACUUCAGCCGGUCCAACUCUAACCAAAAGUCAAGUCGAUAGCGCCUUUGAUUAUCUCGCUGAUUGGGUCUACGAGUCUUGUGGCUCUGUCUCUUUUUCCGCUCUUGAGCACCCCAAGUUCAGAGCGUUUCUCAACCAGGUCGGGUUGCCAACAGUUUCUAUCAGAGAGUUCACUGGAAGUAGAUUGGAUGCCAAGUUUGAAGAAGCUAAAGCAUAUUCAGAAGCGCGAAUCAGAGAUGCUUUGUUCUUUCAAGUAGCGUCGGAGGGAUGGAAAUGGAAGGGGAAGAAGUAUUGUGAGGAGAAGUUGGUUAACAUGAGCGUGAAUCUCCCCAAUGGGACCAGUUUGCACAGAAGGACCUUGUUUGUCACCGGCUCUGCUCCUUCCAAUUAUGCACAAGAGGUUAUGUGGGAGACACUAACCGGCAUUUGUGGGAAUGUCGUGCAACAAUGUGUUGGUAUUGUUGCGGACAAGUUUAAGAACAAGGCCUUGAGAAACUUGGAGAAUCGAAACCCUUGGAUGGUUAACCUUUCUUGUCAGUACCAAGGCUUCAAUAGUUUGAUCAAGGACUUCAACAAGGAACUCCCCUUUUUUAACACCGUUACACAGAAUUGUCUCAGGCUCGCCAGUUUCAUCAAUUUCAAGUCUCAGGUGAGGAGUAGUUUUGACAUGUACCAACAGCAGGAGUACGGGCACACCUGGCUGCUCCGAAUGCCAUUGCCCUCUCGCCAGUUCGAGUAUUUUGACACUGUGUAUGCAAUGAUGGAGGAUGUGUUGAGUUCGGUUCGUGCCUUGCAGUUGCUGCUGUUGAAUGAGAACUUCAAAAUGGCGUCAAUUGAAAACCCGAAUGCGAGGGAAGUUGGGGGCAUGAUUCGAGAUGUGGGGUUUUGGAAUGAUUUGGAGGCUGUGCAUUCGUUGGUUAAAUUGGUGAAGGAGAUGGUUAAAGAGAUUGAGACAGAGAGGCCUCUUGUAGGACAAUGCCUUCCCCUUUGGGGAGAGUUAAGGGCAAGAGUGAAGGAUUGGUGCUCCAAAUUCCAUGUUGCAGAAGCGGCAGUAGAGAAAGUCAUUGAAAAACGGUUCAAGAAAAACUACCACCCUGCUUGGGCUGCUGCUUACAUUCUUGACCCUCUUUAUUUGGUUAGGGACACGAGUGGCAAGUACCUUCCACCGUUUAAUUACUUGACGCCGGAACAGGAGAAAGACGUGGACAAGCUCAUAACAAGGCUUGUGUCAAGGGAUGAGGCUCAUAUUGUGUUAAUGGAGCUAAUGAAAUGGAGAACGCAAGGGCUUGAUCCUGUGUAUGCUCGUGCUGUGCAGAUGAAGGAAAGAGAUCCUGUUACUGGGAAAAUGAGGCUUGUGAAUCCACAAAGUAGUAGACUUGUGUGGGAAACUUAUCUCACCGAGUUUAAGUCCCUGGGAAGAGUUGCAGUUAGGCUGAUUUUCCUUCAUGCAACCUCGCGUGGCUUCAAAUGUAAUUGGUCUUCGUGGAGAUGGGUGUGUAGCCAAGGAAACUCCAGAGCAGCACUCGAUAGGGCGCACAAGUUGAUAUUUAUUGCAGCUCAUUCCAAAUUCGAAAGAAAGGAUUUUUCCACUGAUGAAGAGAAGAAUGCGGAGUUGUUUAGCUUGGCAAAUGGUGAGGAUGAUGUGCUGAACGAGGUUUUUGUGGAGACAUCCUCAGCGUGACAAUUUCUUUUUUUAAGGAAUUUUAAUCUUUAGGAUUCAUUGAAUUCUUUCCACUACCCCCUCUUCUUUCUCUUGUGUCUUCUUCUUCCUCAAUGCUUUUAUUUAUUUUCUUAGUUUUGGUAUUUGUUACUCUCUCGAUGGAUUUCGGGGCAGUUAUUGGCGAUUGAAUUUUGCAUUUCUCCUGCCUGGAAUCGUGAUUCGAGUAACCUCCCAUCGUUCAUCAUAGCAUGGUUUAUUUUCAAGUCGUUAAAUAUCCUGGGAAAGGAUAUGUGUCUUCUUGUUUGUAAAGCUAGAGAAAGUGCAUGACCACCAGUUACAAAACGGGAAGACUAGAAGAGUGUUGUAGAAAUUCUAUGUUCCUCUAGUAAUUUUGAGAUUAAUAAUAUUUGUAAAGGGGAAGCUUUUUUUAUUUAUU